GUUUGGGGGAGGUUGCUCGGAAAAUGCGUGACAAAGGUGACCUUCGAGAUUAUCUGAUGCUGGAGCGAGUCAGGAAUUGCCUAAGGCGAAUAGGUGCAGAAGAAGUGAUGGAUCGCGAUAAAAUCACAUUUGAAAAUGUUGAUGAAGGACACGCAUCACCCGAUGACCAUGGCCAACCGAGCAAACCCACAGGAUAUGGGUUACAUGAUGACGAUACAUGUCAUGAUACACCCAUGGAGCCCCCGUCCACAAUUGGUAGUUCCUAUCACGCACAUGAAGUUCCUGAACAUCAGCUACGGGCUGAUUUUAAUUGGGCUGAUUUUAACUGGGCUGAUUUAUUUGGCAAUGAUCACUUCAGUGGAGCGACCGGCAUUGCAGAGCCGAGCUCACAAUAUUAGUUUAUAAUACGAGUAAUAGUGUAAUAUACUAAUAUUAAUGUAAUAAUAUCUUUGUGUGAUGUAAUUAGUUUAAUAAUAUGAAUGUUAUUUUCAUAAUAUUCAUAUUAGUGAAAUAAUAUCCCUCCGUCAUCUACUCUAAUUAUUUCAACCACCCACAACUACUCUAUUAAUCUCAACUACCACAUCCAACUCAU